UCAUUGUUGACUGCGAGAUUGUCAAAUCGUCUUGCAAUACUUCCUGCAGACGACGGGCGGUUGUCAUUCUUCUGCUUCUACUGAUACCCUCAUCGCUUGAGCCUCCUCGCCAAACCCAUAUACGGCACCACGCCUAGUCCUCCAAGAGCAUCGCCUUGAAAAACUCCGACCGAUCGAGGAUAAGGGAAGAAAGAGGGAGCCUCACAACUACUGCAGAGAGCUGCUCUCCGCUGCGGGAUCCUCAUACUCGAUCAUGGCAUUCGGCAGCAGUAAGAAGACGGAUACAGAGGCGGGCUCCGUCUCGGCUCCAGUCUCAGAUGGCACGCCCUCCGCCACCGUCUCCGAGACCAACUCCCUCAAAGACGUCGAGCGUCCGCAGACCGCUUCGAGCAGCAAAGAUGUCGCAGCUGUUCCAACGGAUGGUCAGGUGCCCUCCGAUUCCAGCAAGCUGCGUACAUUUCUAGGAAUCCUCAAGCGCUUCAUCGGCGUAUCGGACAUGGCUGCUGUCCGCUUCAGUCUGCCCGCCCAACUUCUCGAACCAAUUCCCAACCUCGAAUACUGGCACUACCUCGACCGACCUGAGACCUUUGCCGCGAUCGGUGACAGCGACGACCCGCUCGAGCGCAUGCUGCACUGUCUUCGCUUCUGGUUUACGAAAGAUCUGAAAUACGUCAAGGGAAAGCCUUGCAAGCCAUACAAUAGCGCAUUGGGAGAGUUCUUCCGCUGCAGUUGGGAGGUUCAAAAGGAGGAGGCCAUGAAAACAGUGGGCACAGCGCAACAACCAGUGAAGGUCCACUACCUGACCGAACAAACAUCCCACCACCCACCGGUAUCAGCCUUCGUCUACGACUGCCCCGAAAAAGGCGUCUCAGCAGUAGGCUACGACCAGCUCUCCGCGAAAUUCACCGGAACCUCCGUCAAAGUCACACCCGGAGCUCACAACCAAGGAAUCUUCAUCACUCUCCGCCAGCGCGGCAACGAAGAGUACCGCCUCACCCACCCGGCCGCUUUCCUCGGUGGUUUCCUCCGCGGAAACCUCUACAUAACCGUCGCAGACACAUGCUUUGUAACAUGCGAGAAAACGGGCCUCAAAACCAUCCUCCACUACCUCGAAGAAGGCUACUUUGGCAAAACCCAAAACAAAGUCGAAGGAAUCGUCUACAAACCCUCAUCCAUCCUCGACGACAAAGUCACUCGACUAAAAGACGUUCCCUCCAAAGAAAUCAUCGGACGCAUCGAAGGCGUCUGGACGGAGAAAAUCUGGUUCGUCCCUGGAUCCGCGGACUUCAAAAAGUCGAAAGAGUCCGAACGUAUCCUCCUCAUGGAUGUCUCGCCUCUCCUACCUAUCCCGAAGAAGUGUCCACCAGAGAAUCAGCAGCUUCCGAAUGAGAGUCGGAAAUUUUGGGGUGGAGUUACGGAUGCAAUUGUCGCGAAACAGUAUGGACAGGCGACGCAGAGGAAGACGGAGUUGGAGGAACGGCAGAGGGAGCGGGCGGCGGAGAGGGCGAAGGAAGGGAAAGAGUGGAGUCCGAGGUUCUUCACAACGGUCACGGAGAAGGACGGACGCCCGCGGGUUAGUGAGGUUGGGAAGAAGGCUAUGGAAGGGCUGCAAGCGGGUGAUUACACGCUCGAGAAGCCAGCGGAGUAUGGUGCUAUCUGA